AUGGCCUACCAUAACCCCAACAACCCGGACGCGCUCCCGUGUGGCUGCGCUGUGCUGCGCUCAUCGAGCAAGAGGGGUUUCGCUGCAUACCGGCGCGAAGUGCUUCCCGGAUCUCGAAAGAAAGGGGGCGACAAAGUCAACACCAACCAGCAGCCGCCGCCUCAACAGCAAAACUACCGGCCGCAACCGCAGCCCCAAUAUCACCAGCCGCAGCAACCUCAGUACCACCAGCCACAACAGCAGCAGCAGCAGCAGCAGCAGGCACCGCCGAGGCGGCAGCCGGAGCCUUCAUAUCGUCAAGAUGCACGGCCGCACUCGCCGAUGGGGCCCCCGCGUGAUGGAUACAACAGUGGCGGCGGCGGCGGCGGACCGGGUCGGGUAGGCUUGCCGAGCGGGCCACGUGCCGGUGCCAACAUGCAGCCACCACCGCGGUCGCCCGUCCCGCCAGCGAGAAUAUCGCCCGCUCCUCAGAGCCCGCAGUCGCGCGUCAUGUUCCAAGGCGACGAGGAGCUGACAACGGACCAGCUGCGGACCAUUUUCGAAGGACUGGAUACGCAUCGCGUCGGCUACAUUACCGAGAAGCAGCUCGCGGAGAACCUCGUCAACAGCGACCGCACCAAGUUUGACACAUACACGGUCAACAUGAUGGUCCGCAUGUUCGACAGCGACCGCAGCGGUGACCUCAACUUCCAAGAGUUUGUCGGCUUGUGGCAGUUUCUGGACCGCUGGCGCACCAUCUUCAACCGGUUCGACACCGACCGCAGCGGCAACAUUUCCAUGGACGAGUUCAAGAACACGUUGGUGUCCUUCCAGUACCGCCUGUCGGACGGCUUCAUUGAGUUUUUGUUCAAAAACUACGACCGCGAGAACCGGGGCGUCAUCACGUUCGAUCUGUUUAUGCAGUCGUGCAUCACGCUCAAGCGCAUGACCGACACAUUCAAAAAGUACGACGACGACCGCGACGGCUACAUCACCAUCAACUUUGAGGACUUUGUGUCCGAGUUCUUGCGGCAGAUGCGGCGUGUCAUGAUUGUCGACGACGGCAAGAACCAACCGCCGCCAGGGGCCUACUAG